UGGAUGACCUCCAGCAUGCGGCCGUCACAGCUGGACCUCACGCUUGUGGCCAUCCGUCGUUUGUAACUAAGGGUAAUGACCAGGAAUAGAACCAACCCUGGAGAUGCCGAAGAGAAGAGAUAUUCUUGCCAUCGUGUUGAUUGUGUUACCAUGGACCCUCCUCAUCACUGUGUGGCACCAAAGUGCAAUUGCCCCUCUGCUUGCCAUCCGAAAGGUCUGUCACCAUCUAGUAAAAGAGAUCUUAAUCAUACCAGAGCGUCUAACCAUCCACCGGCAACGGCUAGCAGAUGACGGGACAGAGACUAGGCACGAUACUGGGCCAGCCACAGACUCAAAGGAAUAUUGCUCACAGGACAAGGACAUAGUGGAGGUGGUCCGUACAGAAUAUGUGUACACAAGACCUCCGCCCUGGUCUGAUGUAUUGUCCACCAUCCACGUCAUCACUCCGACAUACAGCCGCCCCGUGCAGAAGGCCGAGCUAACACGAUUGGCUAACACCUUCCUCCACGUGCCCAACCUGCACUGGAUUCUGGUGGAGGACUCUCAGAGGAGAACUCCUCUAGUCACGAGGCUUCUGAGGGAAACGGGGCUGAACUACACGCACCUCAAUGUGGAGACCCCACGGAACUACAAGCUGCGAGGGGACACGAGAGAUCCCAGGAUUCCACGUGGCACCAUGCAGAGAAACCUGGCUCUGAGAUGGCUACGGGAGACCUUCAACUCCAACAGCAGCCAGGCAGGAAUCGUCUAUUUUGCAGAUGACGAUAAUACAUACAGCUUGGAGCUGUUUGAGGAGAUGCGAUCAACUCGUAAAGUAUCAGUGUGGCCUGUAGCGUUUGUUGGAGGUUUACGAUACGAGUCUCCAAAGGUCAAUGCAGCAGGAAAAGUGUAUGGGUGGAAAACAGUAUUCGACCCUCACCGGCCCUUUGCCAUCGACAUGGCAGGGUUUGCCAUCAACCUGCGACUCAUUCUGUUUAAGCCUCAGGCCUACUUCAAGUUACGAGGGGUGAAAGGAGGCUACCAGGAGAGCAGCCUUCUCAGAGAGCUGGUCACUCUCAAUGACCUGGAACCCAAAGCGGCCAACUGCACUAAGAUUCUUGUGUGGCACACACGGACGGAAAAACCUGUCCUGGUGAACGAAGGCAAGAAAGGCUUUACAGACCCAAACGUGGAGAUCUGACAUCUGCUUCGGUGUCGGGAUGCUUCCAGAAGGACCCAAAAGGGGAUGGCAGGGAGAUAUUACCUAAUACCACAUUUUUGAACAGUUUGGAUGCUUUUUCCUGUAAACCACAACUAAACAAGCUCAACAAUAUGGACUUAUUAUUCUAAAGCACAGAUUAGUCUUUUUUAAGGCAAUAUCAUCAGUAUUUUGCAAGAAUAAAACCAGAGGGCACUAGACAGAAA